AUGCGCAACGUUGAUAGGGAGACCCCCAGUCGAGACGUAAUGACGUCACCAACGAUCGGCAUCUUUCAGUUUCUCACAUCAAAACCCAUCAGCAAAGAUUGGCCUGUCUGUGGUUCUCUUCUGUGGUAUAAGAAGCUCUUGCCAUGUCCUAUUCAGCACUCUGGCUGGCGUUAUUAUACUGGACGCUCCUGCACUCCCCAAACAAGUGUAGCACUUUAAACAAAGCAGACCUGCAAGAACUAGAGAAGAUCAACACCUGGGUCAUCACCCACAGCUCUCCCUGCAGUGCCACCUGUGGGCUGGGCAUCCGUACCCAGGAGCUCUGCCCAAUCGGGGGGACCACAAGCAUAUCCACCACUACCUGCAAGAAGAGGACGGUCCGCUGCCUAGACACCUGGCAGUGUGGCCUGAAGACCCAAACAGCGAUUUCCGGUCACAAGCUCAUUCUUGACUGUUUAGAAGAAGUGAUGGAUGCCAUGGGCCGCUUUGCCUUUGUGGUGUCUUGGCGUUUCGCCCGUGGAGUGAUCACCUCUGACGAUUCUCUGUUUACCCGCUAUGAAGCUCUGAGUUUGGACAAGGUGGUACUAGACCCUUUGAGAGAGGAGGAUUCUGGGACAUUUCGAUGUGAUGUGCUGGAUACUGGUAGACACAGAGUAAAGAGAAUGUAUAAAGGGGUGAGGGUGAUAUCUCCUGACAUGCUGAAUUUGGACUUUGCUAAAGGUCUGAAUCAAUGGGAAAAACCCGAGAGCCUGUGGCCAAACAUCACCACGAUCAACAAGGGGAAACUGUAUCCGAGCAGCACUCUCCGAAACGUGGUGCUGGUUAGCGUGUCUAUAUGUGUUGCAUUGAUAGCGGUCAUCUUUCUACCCUUGUGGGCUUAUAACCGGAAAAUGCCCAAAGCAACAGCUCAACCUUUCCAUGACAAUUUUUAAGAACUCCCUUUUGUUUUUCAGCAUGUAGAUUACAGCAAUGUCAAAUAUAAGUCAUAUCCAAAAAUGUUAUCUUUAGCCAGUCAUUAAAGAACAGAAGUCUAUUAAAAAGCA